AUGCGCAGUUGUACAUCUGCACUCGUCGCUUGGGCGGCUGUGCUCGCGCACGCGCUCCUCGUCUCGGCCAGCCAGACGGUGUUCUCAGCGCCGAGCAAUGCUUCGAUCGAGCGCAAGCCGUUCGGCCGCUUCUUGCACAUUACCGACCUGCAUCCGGAUCCGCACUACAAGCACGCCUCUGCUGUCCAUGCAGCAUGCCACCACACCAAACCCAAGAAGCACAAGGCCGACGGCAAGCAGCGUGCAGGAUGGUUUGGUACGGCGCUAAGCGACUGCGACUCACCCCCGCGUCUCGUCGAAUCCUCACUCCAGUGGGCAGCAAACAACCUCGUCGGCAAGGAUGGCGGGAUCGACUUUGUCAUCUGGACCGGUGAUUCGGCGCGGCACGACAACGAUGACAAACUGCCGCGCUCGAGCAAGGAGAUCUUCGAACUCAACCGGUGGACGCUGGACCAACUCGAGCGUGCUUUCCCCGGCGUACCGCUCGUACCGAGUGUGGGCAACAACGACAUUUUCCCGCACAACAUCCUCUUUCCGGGGCCGAAUGCGGUCACCAAGGAGUACGUGCAGAUCUGGCAGGACCACGUGCCCGAAUACGAGUUCCACACCUUUGAACAGGGCGGCUACUAUGUCAAGGAACUGCUGCCCAACAGGCUCGCAGCAAUGAGCCUCAACACGCUGUAUUUCUACGACAACAACAAGGCCGUCGAUGGAUGUGUUCGCACCAGAGGCAAGCACAAAGACGUCGAUCCCGGAACGGCCCAACUCGACUGGUUGGAGGUGCAGCUGGAUCUGUUCAGACAGCGCGGCAUGCAGGUACAUCUGCUGGGUCAUGUUCCGCCCACCGCGGGCAACUACUUUGCACGAUGCUACAAGCGGUAUACGGAUAUCGUUCUGCGGUUCCAGGAUACCAUUGUGGCGCAGCACUUUGGUCAUAUGAACACCGACGCGUUCUUCAUCCAGGAAGACCAGGAGGCCGUCUACACCGCAGCGCACAACGAUGCAGAGGUGCUCCAGGAGGGUCUGCCGGGCGAUCUGAGACAGGACUACUCGACACUGCCGGGUAAGGGGCGCACGGACGAAGAUCUCUACUCGGUGUUCUUUAUUGCGCCCAGCAUCAUUCCGACCUACUAUCCGUCCAUGCGGCUCUGGACGUACAACACCACCGAAUCCGCGCGCUACACCGCCACCACCACCACCAACACCACACAAGACGACGACGACACAGACGAGGUAGAGCAAGAAGACGACGAUGUAGAUCUAGACGACGACGAGGGGAUGGUGGGCGUGCGGUCCAGACACCACCAUCGGCCGGUGCCGCCCAAGAAACGCAAGGGCAAGAAGCACAAGAAGCGGCGGCGGGCGCGGCAUGCUUCGGCGGCGUCGCCGUCGCGCACCAACACCUACCUCAGCCUGCUGGGCUACAGCCAGUGGGUGAUGGACAUUGAUGCGCAGAACGACGCCGUCGAACGCAUCCUCCACCGCGACACGCUCAAGAAGCACGACGACGACGACGAAAAGCGCCGCAAGGAGGCCGAGGCGGUGGAGGUAGACUACCGGCUCGAGUACGCCACCUACCCCGGCUCGGUUUUGUGGGCCGCGUUCCACCCGGAAUCCGGCUACACGGGUCCAGAGGCGGUGCCCAAGAGGGCAAGCUGGCCAAGCCGCUGCGGCGCAUGA